UAGUAUUUUUAUACAGUUUCCAGACUGUUAUAUUUACACAGAGGUUUUGCUCCACUGCUGAGAGUGAGAGAGAGAGAGAGAGAGAGAGAGAGAGAGAGAUGGAUCCAGAAGGUUUCACGGCGAGUUUGUUCCGGUGGGACGCGUCGAGGACAACGCCUCAACCUCCUCCGGCGACAGCGGCGGAGGUGUCGGCGUUCGGGCUGAGGCUGGGUGGUCUGGAGGGCUUGCUGGGGGCGUACGGGAUAAGGUACUACACGGCGGCGAAGAUAGCGGAGCUAGGGUUUACAGCAAGCACCCUCGUUGGGAUGAAGGAGGAGGAGCUCGAUGACAUGAUGAACAGCCUCUCCCAGAUUUUCCGGUGGGAGCUUCUCGUCGGAGAGCGUUACGGCAUCAAAUCCGCCGUCAGGGCCGAGCGGCGGCGCUUGCAGGAGGACGAAGAUUCCUCCAGGCGUCGACACUUUCUCCUCUCCUCCUCUGCGGCGGCCGCCGCCGGAGACUCCAGCACUCACGCCCAUGAUGCACUCUCCCAGGAAGGGUUAUCAGAAGAGCCGGUGCAGCAGGAGAAGGAAGCGGAAGGAGAAGCGGGGAGGAAGAAGCAGCAGAGGCGGAGGAAGAAGGCGGAGGAGGAGGCCGGAGGAGAUGACGUGGAUGAUGACGUGGCGGCGGAGAGACAGAGAGAGCAUCCGUUCAUCGUGACGGAGCCUGGGGAAGUGGCACGUGGCAAAAAGAACGGUCUGGAUUACCUCUUCCACUUGUACGAGCAAUGCCGUGAGUUCCUCCUCCAGGUCCAGUCUCUCGCCAAGGACCGCGGCGAAAAAUGCCCUUCCAAGGUGACUAACCAAGUGUUCAGAUACGCAAAGAAGUCGGGGGCGAGUUACAUAAACAAGCCAAAGAUGCGUCACUACGUCCACUGCUACGCCCUCCACUGCCUGGACGAGGAAGCCUCAAACGCCCUCCGACGCGCGUUUAAAGAACGCGGCGAAAACGUCGGAGCUUGGCGUCAGGCGUGUUACAAACCGCUAAUCGCGAUCGCUGGACGCCACGACUGGGACAUCGACGCCGUCUUCAACGCCCACCCUCGUCUCUCCAUCUGGUACGUCCCCACCAAGCUCCGACAGCUCUGCCACGCAGAACGCAACAACAACAACAACAACAGCGCCGCCCCCGCCGCUGCCGCGUUUGGCGGUAGCGUUUGUAGCUCCGCGUCUGGCCGCGACGGUGAACGCUCGCGGUUCUAGGCUCUGUUUAUUGGGUUGUUUGAGUUGGGUCGCGACUUAAAUCCAUGCACAUCGUGGUCUAUGUAUUGUAAGAAUCUGAAUUUAUUGUUAGAUUUUAUAGUAUUUUAAAUAUGAAA